AUGGCUCUGGAAGUUGACAGAACCUUUCAGACCUUCUCUCUGAUGGAGCACAAGGGCUAUGGGAGGUGGAAAAGAAAGACCCCAGAGUUGGUUCCCUCUGGCUACACAAGACCUCUCACACAUGGUGAUGGAUUAAAUCCACCACAUGGCCAGGAUGCCAAAGACUCAGACAGUGAAAGAAGUGUUAUCAAGAAGACUGUUACCAUGGCACCCACCUCUAGGUAUAUGACAGGCAGAACCUAUACUGCCAGAAAGCCAAUGAUCAAUGCUGAGCGCAAGAAUUCAAUCUUGAAGAAUCCUCUCAAUCAAGAAUACUCAGAAAGUGUUCACAUGAGCAGUGUGGCAAGUUUUCAAGAAGAAAGUAAAGGAUUACUGUUUAAGCAGUCAGACAGGUACACUGCAGAAAACACCAAUAUUUCCCAACCCUCUUUCCCUUCAUUAUCCAGAGAAGACUGUUAUGCCGCCUUGAGUGUAUCAGACCUCAGGUUGUUCUCUUCUCACGGGGAACAUAAUUUCAGCUCUGUACCUUCAUCUUGCAAAUAUGAAGGAAGGAGCCUCUCCAGCCCCCUUUUAGAUGACCUAAGCCUUACAGUGCCAUUAAGCCCCAAGUGGACUUCUACCCAGCAUACAUACUCAAAUUCUUGUAGUACCCAAACACAUUCCUCUCCAAAGACAAAAACAGGAGCAUUUGAGCAGGAGAAAGACUCCCUUCUUAACACCCACUCUUUAUUGAGUGACAGCAAAGGCUACUCAUUUGCUGUGAAAUGCAUGUCCCCCUAUCAGGCUAAUUACUGGGCCUGUGUUAUCCCAAGUUCCUUACCACCCUCCCCAGACCGCAAGUCUCCCAGCUGGGACCCAGAUAAAGAGUAUGAGGAACUCCUGGAUUACACAUACCCUCUUAGGCCUAAUAUGGCCAAAACCUUGGAUUUAACUGAAUGCAGGCCUCUUUUGCAAACUGAUCCACUUUUGCAAGACUCUGGGAUUGAGUUGGACCAUUUUUUCAGCUCUUCUAGCCUUUCUUGUUUGGGCAAGUCCAUGAUGAAAAUAAGGCAAGAUAGAGGUUGUCCAACUGCAGAUCAGAGGUUAUCUGAACAGCAAGGUCUGAAUCUGAGGAAACUCUCUCCUCCUAAGUCUUCAGAUGCUGGGAUAUCUAGUAGUCUAUAUUCUUCACUUGACCAGGUGGGUUUAUCAGUGGAAAGUUUGGAUUUUGAAGGGAAACAGAAUUUUCACUACAGAAAAUGUGGCGUCUUUUGUACCUCAAAGUCUGCGCCAACCUUCAUCAGGUCUACUUACAUCUUACCCCAUCAUGGGUCACUUGGCGAGUUGGAUGAGGAGUUCCUGCGGUUGCCAGAGCAGCUAAAGGAACUUCAAGAGCUGUCUCACGAACUGAAGGACAUUACAGCACAAAUAAGUCAGCCGUUCAACACAAGCUGGGAGUCUCUGAACAGGGAGAGUGCCUCUAUAACGUCAUCAGUAGCACAGAUACACCAAUACACACCUAUGGUCAUUGUGCAAGAAAAGGAUGGUGAGGAGGAUCACAGGUCAGCCUCUGAAAUUCCUCUUCAAAGUGAGAAGUUCUCAGAGCAGGUGAGAGGGCUGGGUGCCCGAGUGCAAAUGAUCAGUAGUCAGGUGAACAGAGGCAACCUGAGGGAUGUGGAAGCCAUUAUGGAUCAACUGAGUGGAAGAUCCACAUCAGAGUUUCAGAGCAAGACAGGGUCUGAACAGGGUGCAGAUGAUGACAAGGAAUCCCUCUUGCAACAUAUUCAAGCAUUUUGCUCAAACUUAGAAGAACUGAUUCAGUGGUUGUACAAGGUGGUGAAGAAGAUGGAGGUUCUUUCCCCUCCUUCAGUGAACAUUGAGAGUGUUAAAGCUUCUCUUGCUGACUAUAAGAGUUUUCAGAAGGAAGUCCAAGCCCACCGGCCUCUCACUGCCUCUGUGCUUCAGACUGGAGAGAAGCUGCUGUGGUGUAUGAACUCUGCUUCUCCCUUUCUUCAGGAGACACUAAUGUUGAUAGAGAGGCAGUCCUGUGCAUUGGAGGCUCAUUCAGAACACCUCUUCUCCUCCAUCCUAUCAGCCAUGGACAGCCUCACUGAACCGAGCAUGCAGGGUGAUGCAGAAAUGACACCCUGAAGGUCUAAUCUCCAGGUGUGUGGAUCAGUAUUAUGGUUCAGUUGGACAUCACUGUGUGCUUCUGCUACAGCAUUAAGUAUGGGCUAAAUAGGAAGCUGAAGAAAAUUAAGUAAAGGUUGUUUGGUUGAGCAAUUUCACAUGACUCAAUGUUUGUUACUAAAACCAUUUACAGUGCCUCCAAGUAGUAUUCAACCGCCUACAGAUUUUGCAAAUUCAACAAGUUGCAAAUAAUUGAGCCUUCAAACU